GAAGGAUGGCCGGGCAGACCGCGCGGCUGGUGCUGCUGGCCGGGGCGGCCGCGCUAGCCAGCGGUUCCCAGGGCGACCGCGAGCCGGUGUACCGCGACUGCGUACGCCGGUGCGAGGGGCGGAACUGCUCAGGAGACGCACUGAAGCACUUCCGCUCCCGCCAGCCAAUCUACAUGAGUCUAGCAGGCUGGACCUGUCAGGAUGACUGUAAGUAUGAGUGUAUGUGGGUCACCGUUGGCCUCUACCUCCAAGAAGGUCAAGAAGUGCCUCAGUUCCAUGGCAAGUGGCCCUUCUCCCGGUUCCUGUUCUUCCAAGAGCCAGCUUCUGCUGUGGCCUCCUUCCUCAAUGGCCUGGCCAGCCUGGUGAUGCUCUGCCGCUACCGCACCUUCGUGCCAGCCUCUUCUCCUAUGUACCCCACCUGCAUGGCCUUUGCCGGGGUCUCCCUCAAUGCUUGGUUCUGGUCCACAGUCUUCCACACCAAGGACACGGACCUCACAGAGAAAAUGGACUACUUCUGUGCCUCCACUGUCAUCCUGCACUCCAUCUAUCUGUGCUGUGUCAGGACUGUGGGGCUGCAGCGCCCAAAUGUGGCCAGUGCCUUCCGGGCUCUCCUGCUGCUAAUGCUGACUGCGCACGUCUCCUACCUGAGCCUCGUCCGCUUUGACUAUGGCUACAACCUGGCAGCCAAUGUGGCAAUUGGCCUGGUGAACUUGGUGUGGUGGCUGGCUUGGUGUUUGUGGAACCAGCAGCAGCUGCCUCACGUACGCAAGUGCAUGGCAGUCGUCCUGCUGCUGCAGGGGCUGUCCCUGCUCGAACUGCUGGAUUUCCCCCCUCUCUUCUGGAUCCUGGACGCCCACGCCAUCUGGCACAUCAGCACCAUCCCUGUCCAUGUCCUCUUUUUCCGCUUCCUGGAAGAGGACAGCCUGUACCUGCUGAAGGAAUCAAAGGCCACGGGCAAGCUGGACUGAAGGCCCUGGGAGCUGGUCUGCCCUUUUGGAGAUUCUGCCCCCUCCCUGUUGGCUCCUCUUCUCCCAGUCCUUGAGAUGAUUUAUUUUUUGAACUUAAGACAUGAAGGGUGUGGGCCCAGAAUCAGGUAACUUGCCCACUGCCCUGCUUGUCCCACAUCGC